UUUCUAAGUGAAUGUGUGGGCGUACACAGUGUUGACAAAAAGAGAUGAUGUCCAUCCAUUCUUCACAACCUCAUGCAACCUAGUACCUCAUGGAGUGCAGCAUGUAUUGGAGUGUGUUUGUCACCUUCCUACUUGCCUUUUCCUUCAAGGCUACUAAUGGUCAGGUCGAGGACAUACUGGUUGGUACGCUCCCCAACUUCCAACACGGCAUAGAAGGGCAGCUGUAUCUAAGGGAUACAAAACACUUGUCAUUGAGAACUUCUCCUAUGAUGGACUCGGAGUAGGAUGUGUACAGCUUCAGGCUCCCUUGUCACUCGAUGCUCUACUAUUAUCGUCUGCGUCCUCACACUCGCCAGUUCCUACUCACCGUGUCCAAGUACUACGAGACGCACGUGUUUACCAUGGGGACUAAACUGUAUGCUUCCAGUGUGACUCAUAUUCUGGACCCAGACAAGAAGCUGUUUCACGGGAGGAUCAUCUCGAGAGACGACUGCUUUGACCCUCACUCCAAAGCUCUUAGACUCAAGUCUGUGUUCCCGUGUGGCGAUGCAAUGGUUGCCAUUAUCGACGAUCGAGAAGAUGUUUGGAGGAACUGUCCUAACCUCAUUCACGUUAAGCCGUACGUCUUCUUUGCUGGAACGUCCGACAUCAACGCCCCACCAGGGUCACACCCCUCAUGCCCUCACACAAAGAACACCGUUCAACUCAAAGACCAAGAGCAGAUUCAUAUCAAACCACUCAUAAAAUCUCCCAAAAUAACCACUCCAGGACAGUGAACUGAUUUGAAAGACAGUACUCGCACUAGUCGUGAAGAUGAUGUAUUCGACCAAGACCUGGCACUUGCCGAGAAGACGUCUCAAAAGAGAAUUCCUGAGAGGCAAUUGCCUAUAGGCUUAGGCUCUGUAUCUGACGAGGAGCUAGAGAGGAUGAAUGCUGAGAUAGAUGCUGAGAUAGACGUGUCCAGUGUGACCAGUAGUGUGGGCUCUAACGAAGGUGGUGUCUCGAGGUUGGUGGAAGCUAUGGACGAGGAUGUCUCGCUAUCAUAUGACAAGUCCGCCGGGAGUAGUCUGAUUGGAGAGAAUGGUCGUAAACGAAAACACGACGAUGUGUCCAGCUCGUCAGAUAACAGCCCCCAUUCUCUGGGACUACUCGAUGAAUCAGUGGAUGUGAGUGAGAGCAGCGAUGGAGACAGUGGGGACGAACUAGCUAAACUGUUAGGAACAUGAUAUUAUGUAAUGCGUUAUUAUUCCAUCGUUAUUGUUGUGUUGUUUGUUAUUGUGCAAUGUCUGUUUGAAAAAAAAUUUUGUUGUUUAUAAUCC